AGAAUGACAGAAAAUACAGAUACAUCGCAAUUUAAUGCCGACGAGCUGCAGGCACCAGCUUGGCUCAAUGUCCAGUUUAUUGAAGAGGUUCUAAGUGCAUACGAAAAGGUUCCAUUGCACGUUACCGAUCUGAAAAUAACCCCUGCGACUGCCCAGGGAGAUCACUAUGCCAGUGUCAUGUUCCGAACUGUGGCGGAAUACACCACAGAGAAGGGAAAGUUCUCCAAACCCCUCAUCGUUAAGACGAUGCCGGAGCAGGAAGGUCACAAAAAGGAUAUGCUCUCGAAGUCACACAUCUUCGAGACAGAAAUCUUGAUGUACACCAAGGCUUUACCGGAGUUCGAGAGGAUUCUGCAAGAGGCGGGGGAUAACACUAAGCUCUAUGUGCCCUGCAUUUACCACAGUCUGGAACCGCGACAGGUGAUGAUUUUCGAGGAUCUGGUGCCACAGGGAUACACCGUUAUCCGGGAUCGUCCUGCCACCAAAGAGGAACUGAAGAAAGUCUUCUCCAAGUUGGCCAAAUGGCAUGCAGUCAGCAUGAAAGUUAUAAAUGAGAGACCGGACUUCCUUAAAGAAUUUAAAUAUGGUAUGUGGGACAUGACCGAAUUUUUGAACGAUCCAAUGGUGACCUCUGGGUUGCCCUGCUUUAUUGAAAUGCUGGAUAAAGUUCCGGAACUCAUGAAGUACAAGCCAUAUUUUGAAAAGAUAAAGGAAAACUACAUUCAGCGGAUGAGUGAAAUUAUGCUGGAGUACCGCAACGGUCCGCAGGCAAAUAGGUAUUAUGUGCUGUGCCACGGGGAUUUCCAUAUUCGCAAUAUGAUGUUCAAGAACAACAAGAAAACCGGAGCCUUCGAGGACGUUAUGCUGGUGGAUUUUCAGAUCAGCAAUGUGUGUCCCAUCACCGUCGACCUCACUUACUCAGUUUACAUGCUCAUGGAAUCGGAGGAGCGCUGUGAACUGGGAAAGGACUUUAUCAAUUAUUAUUUCACCGUAUUGGAGGACACACUCCAAAAAGUGGGUUUCAAGGGUGAGAUGCCCACUCAGAGUGGGUUGUGGGAGCAUAUUCGUGGUCAUAGAUAUUAUGACUUCUUCCUGAUGACCUCCUUCCUGGGCAUGAUGCUCGCCAUUAAAACCAAAAGUUUAAAAUUGACCGAUUUAAUUUUGGAUCCCGAAACAAGGCAGAAGAGUUAUUUCUUAGAUGCUUUCCUUAAAGAUGUUAAGACCUUGUUGCCUAAAUUUGAAAAAUUGGGAUAUUUUGAAAAUUUAUAA